AUGGAAACUUGUUCAAUAAUCCAAAAACAAUUGCCUGCAAAUAUACCUCUGACAUUCAAGAAUUGACCCCCUGAUUUGUUAAUUGAAGGAGCACCAAUACAACCUGAUCCACCUAGAAAACACCGGAAGCCUGAGUUAUAUGUGUUUUAUAGAGAUGGAGCUCGUAUAGAAGCUGCUUUUCGACAGUUUAUUCAUAGAGCUCUGCCUGAACAAAAAGAAGACUCUUAUGAAUUUAUAGUUUGCCAUACAAAUGUUAUAAGAUAUUUUGUUUUGAGGMAACUAUAA